AUGGACUUAGCUGGUUCUGAGAGAGUUUCUCUGACGAAAGCUGCUGGUGAGCGUCUUAAAGAGGGGGCUAACAUAAACAAAUCUUUGUCAGUAUUAGGAAAUGUGAUAAGGCAACUAAGCGAGGGGAAGGAGUUUAUCAGUUAUCGCGAUUCGAAAUUGACUAGACUGCUCUCACAGGCUCUUGGCGAUGUAUAUGGAUCUGUAGUAAAACCUUUAGUCGAUUCCUUCAUGGAAGGUUUCAAUGCCACAAUAUUUGCAUAUGGCCAAACAUCUUCUGGCAAAACACACACCAUUUUGGGCAAUAAAACAGAUCCUGGGCUUUUCCAAUUAGUAUCCAAUCAGUUAUUCCAGCAUGUGGCAGACCAGGUUGAUAAGAGGUACUUGAUUAGAUGCAGUUAUAUUGAAAUCUACAAUGAAAAGAUCAAUGACCUCCUGGAUAAGAGCAAUCAGGGUUUAACUAUAAGAGAAGAUAUCAAAGGAAAUGUGCUGCUUGAUGCAAGGGAAGCUGUCGUAGACAAUGUUGAUAAAGUUAUGGAGAACAUGAUGCAGGGCAAUAAGAUCAGACGAGUUGCAGCUACUCGCAUGAAUGAGAGGUCAUCUCGAUCACACACGAUUUUCCGGAUUAUUCUGGAGUCGAAAGAUGCCAAUCAGAAAGAUGGACCUGUACAUAUAAGCUACCUUAACUUAAUGGACUUAGCUGGUUCUGAGAGAGUUUCUCUGACGAAAGCUGCUGGUGAGCGUCUUAAAGAGGGGGCUAACAUAAACAAAUCUUUGUCAGUAUUAGGAAAUGUGAUAAGGCAACUAAGCGAGGGGAAGGAGUUUAUCAGUUAUCGCGAUUCGAAAUUGACUAGACUGCUCUCACAGGCUCUUGGCGAUGUAUAUGGAUCUGUAGUAAAACCUUUAGUCGAUUCCUUCAUGGAAGGUUUCAAUGCCACAAUAUUUGCAUAUGGCCAAACAUCUUCUGGCAAAACACACACCAUUUUGGGCAAUAAAACAGAUCCUGGGCUUUUCCAAUUAGUAUCCAAUCAGUUAUUCCAGCAUGUGGCAGACCAGGUUGAUAAGAGGUACUUGAUUAGAUGCAGUUAUAUUGAAAUCUACAAUGAAAAGAUCAAUGACCUCCUGGAUAAGAGCAAUCAGGGUUUAACUAUAAGAGAAGAUAUCAAAGGAAAUGUGCUGCUUGAUGCAAGGGAAGCUGUCGUAGACAAUGUUGAUAAAGUUAUGGAGAACAUGAUGCAGGGCAAUAAGAUCAGACGAGUUGCAGCUACUCGCAUGAAUGAGAGGUCAUCUCGAUCACACACGAUUUUCCGGAUUAUUCUGGAGUCGAAAGAUGCCAAUCAGAAAGAUGGACCUGUACAUAUAAGCUACCUUAACUUAAUGGACUUAGCUGGUUCUGAGAGAGUUUCUCUGACGAAAGCUGCUGGUGAGCGUCUUAAAGAGGGGGCUAACAUAAACAAAUCUUUGUCAGUAUUAGGAAAUGUGAUAAGGCAACUAAGCGAGGGGAAGGAGUUUAUCAGUUAUCGCGAUUCGAAAUUGACUAGACUGCUCUCACAGGCUCUUGGCGAUGUAUAUGGAUCUGUAGUAAAACCUUUAGUCGAUUCCUUCAUGGAAGGUUUCAAUGCCACAAUAUUUGCAUAUGGCCAAACAUCUUCUGGCAAAACACACACCAUUUUGGGCAAUAAAACAGAUCCUGGGCUUUUCCAAUUAGUAUCCAAUCAGUUAUUCCAGCAUGUGGCAGACCAGGUUGAUAAGAGGUACUUGAUUAGAUGCAGUUAUAUUGAAAUCUACAAUGAAAAGAUCAAUGACCUCCUGGAUAAGAGCAAUCAGGGUUUAACUAUAAGAGAAGAUAUCAAAGGAAAUGUGCUGCUUGAUGCAAGGGAAGCUGUCGUAGACAAUGUUGAUAAAGUUAUGGAGAACAUGAUGCAGGGCAAUAAGAUCAGACGAGUUGCAGCUACUCGCAUGAAUGAGAGGUCAUCUCGAUCACACACGAUUUUCCGGAUUAUUCUGGAGUCGAAAGAUGCCAAUCAGAAAGAUGGACCUGUACAUAUAAGCUACCUUAACUUAAUGGACUUAGCUGGUUCUGAGAGAGUUUCUCUGACGAAAGCUGCUGGUGAGCGUCUUAAAGAGGGGGCUAACAUAAACAAAUCUUUGUCAGUAUUAGGAAAUGUGAUAAGGCAACUAAGCGAGGGGAAGGAGUUUAUCAGUUAUCGCGAUUCGAAAUUGACUAGACUGCUCUCACAGGCUCUUGGCGAUGUAUAUGGAUCUGUAGUAAAACCUUUAGUCGAUUCCUUCAUGGAAGGUUUCAAUGCCACAAUAUUUGCAUAUGGCCAAACAUCUUCUGGCAAAACACACACCAUUUUGGGCAAUAAAACAGAUCCUGGGCUUUUCCAAUUAGUAUCCAAUCAGUUAUUCCAGCAUGUGGCAGACCAGGUUGAUAAGAGGUACUUGAUUGGAUGCAGUUAUAUUGAAAUCUACAAUGAAAAGAUCAAUGACCUCCUGGAUAAGAGCAAUCAGGGUUUAACUAUAAGAGAAGAUAUCAAAGGAAAUGUGCUGCUUGAUGCAAGGGAAGCUGUCGUAGACAAUGUUGAUCAAGUUAUGGAGAACAUGAUGCAGGGCAAUAAGAUCAGACGAGUUGCAGCUACUCGCAUAAAUGAGAGGUCAUCUCGAUCACACACGAUUUUCCGGAUUAUUCUGGAGUCGAAAGAUGCCAAUCAGAAAGAUGGACCUGUACAUAUAAGCUACCUUAACUUAAUGGACUUAGCUGGUUCUGAGAGAGUUUCUCUGACGAAAGCUGCUGGUGAGCGUCUUAAAGAGGGGGCUAACAUAAACAAAUCUUUGUCAGUAUUAGGAAAUGUGAUAAGGCAACUAAGCGAGGGGAAGGAGUUUAUCAGUUAUCGCGAUUCGAAAUUGACUAGACUGCUCUCACAGGCUCUUGGCGAUGUAUAUGGAUCUGUAGUAAAACCUUUAGUCGAUUCCUUCAUGGAAGGUUUCAAUGCCACAAUAUUUGCAUAUGGCCAAACAUCUUCUGGCAAAACACACACCAUUUUGGGCAAUAAAACAGAUCCUGGGCUUUUCCAAUUAGUAUCCAAUCAGUUAUUCCAGCAUGUGGCAGACCAGGUUGAUAAGAGGUACUUGAUUAGAUGCAGUUAUAUUGAAAUCUACAAUGAAAAGAUCAAUGACCUCCUGGAUAAGAGCAAUCAGGGUUUAACUAUAAGAGAAGAUAUCAAAGGAAAUGUGCUGCUUGAUGCAAGGGAAGCUGUCGUAGACAAUGUUGAUAAAGUUAUGGAGAACAUGAUGCAGGGCAAUAAGAUCAGACGAGUUGCAGCUACUCGCAUGAAUGAGAGGUCAUCUCGAUCACACACGAUUUUCCGGAUUAUUCUGGAGUCGAAAGAUGCCAAUCAGAAAGAUGGACCUGUACAUAUAAGCUACCUUAACUUAAUGGACUUAGCUGGUUCUGAGAGAGUUUCUCUGACGAAAGCUGCUGGUGAGCGUCUUAAAGAGGGGGCUAACAUAAACAAAUCUUUGUCAGUAUUAGGAAAUGUGAUAAGGCAACUAAGCGAGGGGAAGGAGUUUAUCAGUUAUCGCGAUUCGAAAUUGACUAGACUGCUCUCACAGGCUCUUGGCGAUGUAUAUGGAUCUGUAGUAAAACCUUUAGUCGAUUCCUUCAUGGAAGGUUUCAAUGCCACAAUAUUUGCAUAUGGCCAAACAUCUUCUGGCAAAACACACACCAUUUUGGGCAAUAAAACAGAUCCUGGGCUUUUCCAAUUAGUAUCCAAUCAGUUAUUCCAGCAUGUGGCAGACCAGGUUGAUAAGAGGUACUUGAUUAGAUGCAGUUAUAUUGAAAUCUACAAUGAAAAGAUCAAUGACCUCCUGGAUAAGAGCAAUCAGGGUUUAACUAUAAGAGAAGAUAUCAAAGGAAAUGUGCUGCUUGAUGCAAGGGAAGCUGUCGUAGACAAUGUUGAUAAAGUUAUGGAGAACAUGAUGCAGGGCAAUAAGAUCAGACGAGUUGCAGCUACUCGCAUGAAUGAGAGGUCAUCUCGAUCACACACGAUUUUCCGGAUUAUUCUGGAGUCGAAAGAUGCCAAUCAGAAAGAUGGACCUGUACAUAUAAGCUACCUUAACUUAAUGGACUUAGCUGGUUCUGAGAGAGUUUCUCUGACGAAAGCUGCUGGUGAGCGUCUUAAAGAGGGGGCUAACAUAAACAAAUCUUGUCAGUAUUAG